AUUUCCCAUACUCCUCACACCUCCCUGAACACCAGGACUAAUCCAUGGACCAGUGGCUCUUGGCAGUGGUGUCGGAGGAGCCCCAGACACAGGGCAGGGCUGGAGCCUGGCCAGCCUGGCUCAGCUGCCAUGGGGCAGCUUUGCCUUCCCACACCCUGUGACUCCCUGGGGUUCAAGACCAAGUGUUGGUGCUGCACCUGGGGUAUGAAUGGACUGAGAGCAGCCCUGGGGAGAAGGACUUGGGGUGCUGGUGGGUGAGAGGCUGAAAUGCCCUGGCUGUGUGCACUGGUUCCCAGAAGACCCCCAUUGUCCUGGGCUCAUCCCCACAGCGUGGGCAGCAGGCAGUGGGGGGGAUUCUGCCCCUCUGCUCCUCUCAGGUGAAACCCCCUGCCCUGCUGCCUCCAGCUCUGGUAUGCUCCAAGGCUGUGUCUCCUUUUUUAAACAACCAGCAAGUAAAACAUUAAUCCAUAAACCAUGGGGCCUCCCAGAAUGGCCCCUACCAGCGCCAAAACUGGUGCCCUGGGGGCAGGGGGAGCACAGGGCAUACAGGGGCAGGGUUUAACACAGCUACACCAUGUUUUCAGGACUCUGUUUACCAACUGGGACAGCGCAGACAAGAUGGUCUAUCAAAUCCCUGGCAUUUCAGCUGAAAUGAUGGGUCUCAUCAUCAACUACGCCUACACCGGGACAGUACCGAUCACCGAGGACAACGUCGAGAGUUUGCUGGCUGCAGCAGAUCAGUUCAAUGUCAUGGGCAUCGUCAGCCUGUGCUGUGAGUUCCUCAGUUCCAGGCUGUGCUUUGAGAAUUGCAUUGGCAUUUGCAGACUCACUGACUAUUACCACUGCCCCGACCUGCGCGCAGCUGCCUGCGUGUACAUCCUGCAUCACUUCGAGGAGGUGUCCCAGGUGUCCGAGGAGUUCCUAGACCUCUCUGCCGAGGAGCUGGCACACAUCAUCGAGAAGGAUGAGCUGAACGUGCGGCGAGAAGAAGCCGUGUUUGAGGCUGUGCUGAGGUGGAUCGCUCAUGACCCGCAGAACAGGAGGCAGCACAUCGCCUGCUUGCUCAGCAAGGUGGGUGCAGCGCAGCUUUGGAGCUGUCCCCAAAGGCUACCGAGGGGGAAGCCAUCAGUAUCAGUACUCCAACCUCCUCCUUGCCUGUUUCAGGUUCGACUGGCACUCCUACAAUCCGACUACUUCAUGAACAACGUCAAAGCUCACGAGUACGUGAAAGACAAUGCCAACUGCAAAGAUCUCAUCAUCAGCGCCCUGUCCGAAAUCUACGACCUGAACUCCUACGGCCAGAGUUCCUCAGUCAACGCCAACCCCCUCACCCGGCCGCGCCUGCCCUACGCCAUCCUCUUUGCCAUCGGCGGCUGGAGCGGCGGCGGCGCCACCAGCGCCAUCGAGACCUACGACGGCCGCACUGACAAGUGGCUGAACAUCCCCUGGGAGCAGGAGAGCCCUGUUGCCUAUCACGGCUCAGCUUAUUUGAAAGGCCACGUCUAUGUUAUCGGUGGAUUCGACGGCACGGAUUAUUUCAACAUCGUCAAACGGUUUGAUCCGCUCCAGAAGACGUGGCAGCAGGUCGCGCCCAUGCACUCACGGCGCUGCUACGUCAGCGUCACCGUCGUGGACAACUUCAUCUAUGCCAUGGGAGGGUUUGAUGGGUACAUGAGGCUCAACACAGCAGAGCGGUAUGACCCAGACACCAACCAGUGGACCCUGAUCACCCCCAUGCACGAGCAGAGGAGCGACGCCAGUGCAACCACGCUGAACGGAAAGGUGUACAUCUGUGGUGGGUUUGAUGGUGAUCAGUGCCUCAGCUCAGCUGAAGUGUUCAACCCCACCACAAACCAGUGGUCCCUGAUCGCCCCAAUGAGCAGCAGGAGAAGCGGAGUUGGGGUGAUGGCGUAUGGGAACCAGGUGUACGCGGUCGGAGGGUUUGACGGGAACAGCCGGCUGCAGAGCGUGGAAGCGUACAACCCUAUCGCCAACGCCUGGCACGCCGUGCCCUCCAUGCUAAACCCACGCAGCAACUUCGGCAUUGAGGUGAUGGACGGCCUGCUGUUCGUGGUCGGGGGCUUCAACGGGUUCAGCACCACCGUUGCCACCGAGUGCUACGAGGAGGACACCAACGAGUGGUACGACGCCCACAGCAUGGGCAUCACCCGCAGCGCCGUCAGCUGCUGCGUGGUGCCAGGACUCUCCAAUGUCAUGGAAUACAUCGCCAGGCAACACUACUACCAGCACAGCUCCUCCAUGGACAUCUUGUUCACCAGCUCGACUCGGAGCUCGCCGUUGUAAAUAGUUCCCCUUAGCUAGGAGUGUUGUGAUCAGCCAUCACUGGAUGCUUGUGUAAAUAGUUCUGCGUAUCUAAUAAAGUCUUCUGAGCAUCCCAUCACUGGAUGCCUGUGUAAACAGUUCUCUUCUGAGCAUCCCAUCACUGGAUGCCUGUGUAAACAGUUCUCUUCUGAGCAUCCCAUCACUGGAUGCCUGUGUAAACAGUUCUCUUCUGAGCAUCCCAUCACUGGAUGCCUGUGUAAAUAGUUC